UUCCCAAAUUUACAACCUGCAAACCUCGCAGCACAGAAAUUUCUGGAAUUGUUUUAGACGAGGUAACAUGAAGCCACGAGACCACUGUGGCACUAAAAGCCUCGGCCAGUGGCUGCUGAGACACAAUGAACGUGACGUGAUAAUGGAAACAGAAUUUGGUAAUGACUCGGACGAAGAAACUGGACAUAAUAUGGAGUCACACUAUUGCCGAUACCUGAUCCAGUCAAUAAGAUCUUUAUCUUAUUCUAUGUGUGCGCGCGUGCGCGCUGCUAUACAGUGUCAAGCUGCUAUACUUGCACCUUGUUUACUUUCAUUACUAGUUCCAUAGACGUGAUGGGAUUACUUGCAUAAAGCCUUUCAUUCUAUUGUACAAACUAUAGUGAAAGUAAGAACAUCGACUUCAUGUUUUUGUUCAUAUGCCUCAAAUUGCAUCUGUUUUCUGACUUUUCCCUCCCCACGGACCCCAGGAAGAAUAUCUGGGAUACUAUACACAACUACUUCUGAUACAAAGAAGGACACAAGGAAAUUAUAAAUGUGUAAAAACUAGUUCCUUGAGUAUUUAGUUGAAGAAUGAAGGCCCAGGGAAGAGUUUCUCUGUGUGGUGGCACUGUCGCCCCCCGGUGGCGACAAGGCAAACGACACUGAAACGUGGCCACUGAAUCACCACGCUGCUGACCGCCACGCUGACCUGUGGAUGACCUCACCGAAAUGGACAGGACAACAACAAAACAACAACUAAAGAAAACACUCCUCUCUGUCUGACUGUCUGCGGUGUGAGCGAAUUAAUUCGGAGCUUGGAGAGUUGAAGACGUGGAUGGGGAAAUGUGGCGCUACCAGAAGCCGGGGUUUGAGGCCCUCCUCCUUGCCAAGCUGCAGAGACAGCAGCAGUGCAGCCAGUUCUGUGACACGAUGCUCAAGGCAGAAGGUGUGUCAGUGCCGGCACACAGUUGUGUCGUCUCCGCCAUCAGUCCCCAUGUGUCCUCCGCUCUGUCCUCCACGCCGGCGCCCCCUGCAGGACAGAGUCGUCUCCUGGAGUUUCAGGCCAUUGGCGCUUGCACCCUGCUCCACAUGGUCAGCCUGCUGUACUCCGGGGAGAUGGCAGGGGAGGGGGAGAAGGAGAGGCAAGAGGCUAUUUCUGCUGCGGCCAAACUGGGCAUCGACGGGCUGGUGGAGGUCACGAGAAGAGAUCGUGAAAACAGAGACGAGGAAGGAGGAGGCCAGUGUGUGCAGGUGGGUGUUCAGACGGAGCCGCUAGCGUUGGAGGAGAAUGAGGGGAGGAGGGGCAAAUGGAGGCGAGAGGUGAGUGAUAGGUUCACUUUUCUGUGGAAGGAGACACCGUCAGAUGGUGAAAAGGACUCGUGGACACAGACGGAGGAGCUGCAGGUGAACACAGCCCCUUCUCUCUCAGCAGUUUCCUUUGAGACCACAGACAUGGCAGCUCUCCAGGGUGUAGGACAGACAAACUCCCAUUAUGCUCCCCCUCAAAUUCCCUACAUUCCCAUUACCCUUGUCUACCCACCAGAAAACCACACAAACCCACCUUCCUCUGCUCCUACAACCUUUAUGCAAGACUCUGCAGCAGCUGGACUCACAUCUGUUGCUGUUGUGGCACCGUCGUACAACUCCGUCCCUCCCUCUCUCCAGCCCGUCUCCACCGUAUGUGCCGCUGAUUUGAAGAGCUGUUUGAUUGGCUUUCAAGGAGCCACCAGAGAUGCCAUCGAAGGUGAAGAAUGGCCGGAAGAGCAGUUCCAGCAUUUCCAAGGCAACAUCCCAGGAUUCAUCAGCUACUUCCUGAACCCGGACAAAGAGGAGGGCUCUUGCAGGGGGCGAGCGGGGCGGAGGCGGGGGGCACGGGUGGCAAGAGCCAGGAGAGCUGGGACAGGUGAGAGACGAGCGAGGAGGCCACGGGCGACCACAGGUGGAAGGGGGAGAGGAGGUAUGAUGCAGACGGUGGAUGGGCAGGAGGUGUGGGUGGGCAAGCAGCAGAAGCUGUUCCUGCAGAGGUGUGGGGGGAGGUCAUCCAGGACGGGUCAGGGCGGUGGAGCUGCAGGCAGGAAGCUGUACCUGAACUCCAGAGAUGUCCUGAAGUCGGCCGAGAAAUGUCGGAGUAGAAGACGGCGCGGCAAAGUGUGGGAGUUCAGCCCGAGUGGAGAGUUGCUGCCACUCAUCGACAGAGGAAGGGGAGGAGGAGGAGGAGGAGGAGGAGGACGAAUGAUCACAAGGCAGCAGAUGACACAGGAAAGUCUUUCGGUUGGCGGGACCCCAAGACGGGCGAGGGCCAAGUCAACAACACCAGCUUCGCUUUCUUCCACUCCCAUGCAGCUCUACAACAUACAUACCUUAUCGAACCCCUCCCUCCAGCCGUCUCCUUCUUCUGUCCUGCAGUCACCUGCAGCCGCCUACAUGCUGCCAGCAGCAUCCCUCCUCCACACCACCUCCCUCCCUCCUCCGGCUCUGCCACCCCACGAAGAACAGCCAGAGCAAAUUGAUCGUCUUUUAGAGGAAGUGAUGAUGGGACUCGACAUUUUACCAAACAACAACAACAACAGCGCUCCUAGUUCUCAGCCACCUAUUCCCACCAGAAGCAGCAAUUGUACCUUUGCCGCCUCCAGGAAAAAUUUAACCCAAAACAAACAACAGGGCUGUACCACUGGCAUCCUGGAAGCAGGUCCAGGUUUUCAUGGGUCUACGCAAGUUGCCGCUGUAGCAAGAGAAGCCAGCAGUUCCACCUCUGCACAAGGUGAGGUACCCAUUCUGCAGCAGCAUGGAGAAGGAGGGCUGAACGUGAUGCUGGACCACUUCCUCCAGUCGUUCGAGCAACACAUUGCCGGCUGUGGUGCCAGGGAAGAGGAAGAGCUGGAUGGUGAAAGCUCCACAGAGCUUCACGCUGUCCCGAACAGACGCAAAAAAACCAAGACCCGGCCCAUAACCUCUAACUCUCCUCGUCCACAGAAUACACACUCAACCAAUCCAGUCGUACACUCUCAAACAACUGAAUUGCAACGGAGUGAUGAAGCUAUAACACCAGCCUCCGCUUCCAGUCCCGUUACCCUCAAACAUGCCGAGGAAACAUCAGGGAAAGUCAGACCACCGAGAAAACGAACGUACAAGAGAAGAAGAAAGAGGGAUUAUGUGUUCUCAUUAGAGAGAGUGAGGGUGAAGGUGAGGAAGCCAGUGACAACUAGUGACACAAAGACUAAAAUCAUUAUUGACCAAGGAGAUAAACUGCUCAGGCAGGUGGCUGUGGUGAAGCUGGAGAGGAGAGGCCUGAUGCCAGGCAGAGUUACGGGGCAGGAACACAGAUGUCGAGGACUGGAAGUCAAGAGUCCUGAAAAAAGGAAGACCAGUUCAUCAGAAAAAUGUCCGGACGACUCGUCUGUGAAGAAUCCCCCAGAGUUGUGGAACACAAAGACCUACCCAAUCAGGAGUCGGCUUCGAGAAGCAUUUGUCACGGAUAGUUUGUCGUUUCUUCAGGAGCCACUUUUAGACAAACAACAACACUACGCAAGUUCCAGGAAAAGCAGGCAGAAGAAAAAUGGACAACUUCUUAGUUCACCCAGCGAUGGGAGUUCCACACCACAAGUUCAGCUGCAGCCCUUGGAGCCCUGCGCCACAAAUGAACAACUAGAGAAAAAUCAAGAGAGACUUUUGGCGGAAUUCCCCGUCCUGCCAGAGGAAGAGGCAGAGGGACCUUCAGGGAGGGGAAAGAAGAGGAGAGCGGAGUCAGGGGGGGACACAAGCGACGACGCCACUGUGGCCAAAAGGGUAUGCUUUGAGCAAAUGACAGAGCCGACCUCUGAAACAUGCACACGCAGCUCUGAAGCUGCAGACUUUGUCUCUGAAAAAGCAACCACACGGGCAGAGGAGGUGAUUGAUGUGGAGAGUUUGAUGGAUGAAGAGGCGAAGAGCAGCAGCGAUGAGAUAAUCGACGUGGACGGAGACACCGAUGGAGGAACCGACCUGGAGGACCAGACAGUCAACUACCACUGCAGAACUGUUCCAACUACGUCACACAGUGUGCGGUCGCCAGGGAGCUGGGAAGAUGAGGACGUCGAUGUGAUCGGUGUUCCCAGCCCCUUUCAUGAGCCGCUGAUCAUCAGCUGGACCGAGGCGUCCGAUGGAGACGAAGAGGACGGAGACGAGGACGAAGACGAGGACAUCGACGUUGUAGGAGAAAAGACAGACUGCGCUCCAUCAGUGGUCUUUGCUUCCGUGAAUAAAGGUGGGCUUGUUAAUUGAACACAUCCGGCUGAGGUGCUCUUGGGUUAAUGUCUAUGACAUCCAGCCAAGUAGGUACAUUUUCUUUUCUCAACAGUUUGUGUUAUUUCCUACAUUUCCCAGAAAAUAUUCCUGAAUUUGUUUCAUUGAGCCGAGCGUUUCAGGGGCCAGAACAAAAUUAAUAGUGACAGAGAUAAAGACAAACACGAUUUCAUCAAAAAUGAUAAUUAGUUGUUAAUUAAGUGUCUUCUUGUUUUUGUUGUGUUCAUCUGACAAUCACAAGAGGAACAUUUGUUUUCCAAUUCCACUGAUGUUUAGGAAAAUGAAAGCUGUAAGUAACAGUUUGUUCAGAGUGGAAAAACAGAUUCACGAGGUGAAGAGAGACAGAUUUGCAUCAUUGUGCAUAAAAAAGCUAAACUGAUGAACCCAAUGAGGACUUUAGAGUCCGUGUUCUCUUGAGUUGAUUACAUGUUCAUGUUUUGAACUAUACAUUUAGCCAUUGGUUUUAUAUAAAGAGUUCCAAGCUUGUUGAUUCUAGGUUCAGUAAUUUGUUGCUGUUAAACAAAUAUGUUCAGAAAAGUUUGUUUUAACUGUUAAGUGUUGAAACCAACACAAACCAAACAGUCAAGAAAGAGAUUCUCUGAAAGAAAAUCUGGUUCAUCUUUCUGUCAAAGGAAUCAAGAGUGUUUUAUUAGUUGUAAAUAUGACUGUGACUGUAUUAGUUGUAUAUAUUAUUCAUAAUGUCAGCCUCUGUUCUGCCACAGUUUGCAAAUGUUCCAGGAAAACUCUUGUCUUCCUUGUUAUACUGUCAAGUAAUAUUUGACAGUGUUUCCUCGUGGCACUUGUCAGUCCAGGACUCUGAUUUCUACAAUAAAAAAAAAAAUGUCCUUGCUCCGUUUCAGGUCUAUAACACAUCAGUUUCCAAAAGUUGAAAAUAUAGAUUUAUACAUUAGGGUAUUAGUGGACGCCAUAAGUGAAGAUGUUCCUCCUGUUUCUUCUCCUAUCCUGACCCAAUUUUAUUAUUCACCCUCUUUUAUUUUGCUGUCUGUCUAAUUUCGCACCUUCAAUUUUUAGUUUGGCAGGUAUAGUUUUAAAUACACAUACAUAUAUGUGGCGAAAGGCUUUGAGCAAAUGUGGCUUCAAAUACCACUUGGUUCGUAGUUCCAUCAGAUCAGUGGGCAGCUAGACUUCCUGUCAGGUGCAGUCUGAAAAUUUCAAAACAUCAAGUUAUCAAGUCUCCCCUGCCAGCAUCUGCAGCCAUUUUGAUAAUUUCUCAUACACAUGCUCUUAUCAAUAAUGAAAACAAGAAAAUGUGAAGUG